AUGUCAAUGGCUGUCACCACUUUCUCCUUCACCAUCUCUUUCAUUCUGUUAUCGUUUAUGCUUGUUAUUGUCUCUGCUAGUGAUUAUGGCUAUGGUACAAAGCCAGAACUACUUUACAAGCCAAAGCCAGAUGUGAAAGAAAAGCCUCUCCCCAUUGGUAUUGAAGGGCUUAUUCUAUGCAAAUCAGGCCCCAAAAGAUUAAUCCCGAUAAAAGGAGCUGUUGCUAGAAUAACAUGUCUAGCUGUCGAUGAGCAUGGUUAUGAGACAGCACCUUUCUCCAUCUUGAGCAAAGCAACAGAUUCAAAGGGUUAUUACUUUGCAACUUUAUUCCCUCAUGAACUCAAUAACAAGCUGAAGCUUACAGAAUGCAAGGCAUUCCUGGAAAAAUCUCCAUUGGAAAAUUGUAAAGUUGCAACAGAUGUUAACAAAGGAAUAAGUGGUGCUCCCCUUUCUUAUUGCCGCCUGCUCAACAACAAUAAUAUGAAGUUGUAUUCAGUGCCACCUUUCAUCUACACUUCACAACCCAAACCAAUGUCUCCCGGUUACUAA